GCCAUUUCGUUCCAGCCGGCACUCAGCGCCCGUCCUGCAAUAUAGCGGGGUUCAUUGUCUCCUUCAAACGACACUGCAGUAACAGUACUCAACGAUGAGUGAGACCGCCAUUUCCUUCGCCAAGGACUUCUUGGCCGGUGGUAUUGCUGCAGCUAUCUCCAAAACAGCUGUUGCUCCCAUUGAGAGAGUGAAGCUGCUCCUUCAGGUCCAACAUGCCAGCAAACAGAUCACAGCUGAUAAGCAUUACAAGGGUAUCAUGGACUGUAUCACCCGUAUCCCCAAGGAGCAGGGAUUCAUGUCGUUCUGGAGAGGCAACUUGGCCAAUGUCAUCAGAUACUUCCCAACCCAGGCCCUGAACUUUGCUUUCAAGGACAAGUACAAGAAGGUCUUUCUUGAUGGCGUGGACAAGCGCACCCAGUUCUGGAGGUACUUUGCUGGUAACCUGGCCUCCGGUGGUGCUGCUGGUGCUACAUCUCUGUGCUUCGUCUACCCCCUCGACUUCGCCAGAACCCGUCUGGCUGCAGAUGUUGGCAAAGCUGGUGCAGAUAGAGAAUUUUCAGGAUUGGGUAACUGCUUGGCGAAAAUCUCCAAGUCUGAUGGCAUCAAGGGUCUGUACCAAGGUUUCAAUGUGUCUGUACAGGGCAUCAUCAUCUACAGAGCUGCUUACUUCGGCAUCUACGACACUGCUAAGGGUAUGCUUCCAGACCCCAAGAACACACACAUUGUUGUAAGCUGGAUGAUUGCUCAGACAGUGACAGCCGUGGCUGGUUUUGCGUCCUACCCCUUCGACACCGUGCGUCGUCGUAUGAUGAUGCAGUCUGGACGCAAAGGAGCUGACAUCAUGUACACUGGCACAAUGGACUGCUGGAAAAAGAUUGCACGUGAUGAGGGUACCAAGGCCUUCUUCAAGGGAGCUUGGUCCAACGUUCUCAGAGGCAUGGGUGGUGCCUUUGUGCUUGUUCUGUACGAUGAGUUGAAGAAAGUUAUUUAAAUGUUUGACCAUUAGUAUUGGUGUCUAAAUGUAAAAUAACUUGUACAUUUGCAAGGACUCAAAUUCCGCCUUAUUUAUAGGGACCAACUAGUAUGUCAGUACUAGUUGUACUGGGGAACAUUUCUGUGCUUUUAUUUUGACAUUCUUUUUUUUCUGUUCCCCUCCAUGUCAUUCCCAGAAAAAGUAACAAAGCCAUGCCAGGUACUGAGACCUGUCUAGUUAUCCAACCUGUCUGUUUAGGCAUUACACUUCAAUAAAGACCCACUGAACCUAA